AUGAGCACAAUAUCAUUGUCACAAAAUGCUGAAGUGCGACCCGCGAAGAGAAAAAACGAAGAUAUCUUAGUAGACCCAAACACGAAUGUUGUGAUAGAGAACGCUAAGAAACCCAAGAUUGAGUUGAACGCUGAAAGGAAGUUCAAAUGUAUCCCUGCAAUAGUUGCUAUGUACCAUGCUAUUUUAAAUAUUGCUUUCGGGGAAAAGAAUGCAAACGAGACAAAAAGUACAAACACUAAUCUCGUACAAAAGAGGAAGGAAACAUCUUUCAAGAUACACUAUUUGGCUAAAGACUAUACUUUAACAAAUGAUACAAUACAUGAGACUUGGAAAGGCAUCCUUACCAAUCUUGGUCUUGAAUACAAAGAUUUUCAAGAAGGUGGUGAAGCAAACUGGUAUGGUACGAUGGGGCCGUAUCUGGAUAUGUUCUCCUCUUAUGUUUUACGCUACAAUGAACUCCGAUUGGGUCAUGACACUAUGCCCAUCACCAAGGUAGAUGGUGUACACAAAAGCUUUCCGGUUACCAAAUACCGUCUAUCUGGGGCGCACGACGUAUUGUUGGAAGGUUCGACAUUCCCACCGGAAAGACGCUCAUCAAUCAUACAGAGCUUGGGGCCGAUGACAGCAUGGAUAUGCAUGAUCCGAUCGGAGGGGAAGUAUGCAGCCGCAGUUAGAGAGCAACGGCCCAUGUGCCCUGCAUAG